ACUACUAAUUCAAACUAGUAGUAGUUUUUCCCUUGGUUAGGACGGUGCUAACUAUUGUACAAUUAGCACCGUAGCCGUUCCUGUUAUCAGAUUCAGGCCGCCUGACUUAAGAACAUAUUAAAUGGAGGGCAACUAGCUAAUUGUCCAUUUGGGUCGGCCGACCAAGACAUACGGCAUCAAAGAUUAAUUAACCUUAAAUUUUUUAUGAAUAACAAACAGGUAGAGAAGAUGCACCUAAUGAUCAUUACAUUCAUAAUAAAACCAAAGCUAAUCAGAAACAAUUUUUAAGUAUUCAUAUAUAUCUACGUCGUGACCAUAUAUAUAUGGUAGGUACGAGAUUGUAGAGAAGACCUGCUAGGGCACUGGCCGUCAGAAGUCAACGCCUGCAGGCUGCUCCAAUCUCCAUGCCGCUCUGUGACUCGAUGAUCGUGUUCAUGAUUCUAUCUCAUCAGAUUUUCAAAGCCAACUUGUACCAAUUUUUUUUCAAAGAAAUUGGAGGAGUUGGAAAUAAGACCUCAGCAGUCAAGUCCUUCAAAUCUGAAUCUCUAUUUAAUAAGGAAUAACACAACCAUCAUCUCUGAUUGUCGUAUAAUUUGAUUAUUGACCCAGUAAACGUUAAGUUAAUUGGAAUUACAUUUGUGAUGGAUCCCCAAUAAUUUUCAUUUCGUUCCAUUGUUCACACAGUACGCUAGUAUAUAAUAACAUCUCAACUCUCGAAAUCGGAUAAAAUUAUAUGUAAAUUUUGUAACAUCUCAACUCUCGAAAUCGGAUAAAAUUAUAUGUAAAUUUUGUAAUAAAUUUGAAAAAUAUAGUAGUUUAUAAGGCUUUAGUCGAAUGCUACUACUGUUGUUCGCAAUUUUGACCCGGAUGGAAUUUUGGCUCGGCGACAAGUUGAAGUAUGAAUGAGCAAACUUAAUGGCCUAUUGACUAUUGAGUGAAGGAAGGGUUUCAUUUACUUUGAAAUAUUGAAUAACAUCUCAAAAGUCACUUCUAAUUUCAAUUUCGAAAAUAUAACUCAAUAUACAAGAAUAUCAAAUACCAAAAAUUUCAGUAUUAUAUUUUAUAUACCAUAAAUACUAACACGUUGUUUGUUAUAAAUGAAUUUUAUAAGUUUUCGAUAUAUUCUUUUUAACAUGAAAUAUUUGUGUUUGAAAUAGAAAAUAAUUUAUUUUUAAUGAUAAACUUUGAAUUCACAUUUGUUCUUGUGGAAAGGUGUCACCCUGUCACUACACAGGCUCAACCAUAAGGUUAUGAUUCUUGUGCUAAUUCAAUAAGCUAAGUAAUGAUAACAUUGUUACUUUCACAAUUAAUGGUACAUUUUGGAUGGUUUUCAUUUAAUUCAAUAAUAUAUGUGUUCCAAACAUGAUUGGAGAGUUUAGUUCAAUUAAUUUGUAAGAAUAUGAGUAUAACAUUCUAGACAUAACAGUUCGUUUGAUGACGAAUUUUGCACGGUAUGACAUGAAAUGAAAUCUUGAUUCAUUUGGUUCCGAAUAGUCCAUAAGGUAAAAAUUAAAUAUAAUAAAAGGAUAAGUUAGGUAAAACAGAAAAUAAAGGACUAAAAUAAAAGUGUUAAUAAUAGUUGUGAGUAAUGUCAUUCGAAUAUUUCACCUCAUCAAGAAGAGAAAAAUAUUUUUUCAUUGAAAAUAUGAUAAAACAUAUGUUGUAAACCGGUAGAAAUAAUAUUUUAUUGUUUUCAAAACACGAGGAAGCUACUAUUUUCUAUUGCCAAAGUUUAAUAUGAACCAAAAAUAAUAUGAAAAGUAAACAACUUUUUUCGUUUCCAUUGCCAUAUUUCAUAAAUGAAAAAAUGAAACAAGAACGAGAAUGAAAGUGAAUAAACCCUGAUUUUGUUGGCAUGACACUAAAACUAACCUUAUCCAAUAGGAAGUGUUUUAUUUUGUGAAUUUCUAUGUUUAAGGAUAGACAACAAUUUAAUGUUGAUUUUAGUGGGAGGGACAUGGUUGCCAUUUUGAAAAUUUAACUAACUAACCUAACGUUUUUCGUCCUCCUAUUCACAGCUCCAUUCAGUUCAUAGCUGUUGCACUAUCCCUAACUUGAGCUGGUGUUGGAGAUUCGAGCGGCGGCCAGCGGCAAAUACAGUACAUAGUAAAGCACUUAACCAUAUUUGAAUAGAAUAUUAGAUACCGACUACUAAUAGGGGUGAUUAUACGGCCCGGUCCGGUUAAAUUGGCCUAAAUUGAUCCGGUCCAGUCCGGUCUUUUUGAAAAUAUAAGGACCAAAGCUUUGAUUGGAUACAGUCCAGUCUUGAUCCGGUCCGGUCCCAAUUCGGUCUUUGAUUUUAUAUUAAGCAUUGUGGGGAUUUGAGUGGCCUAAGGCUUGAAAGGGUGAGGAGUUGGUUAAGUUUUGUACUAAGUGCAAAGGUUUGUGACCGUUUAUGCAAAUUACCCUUAAGUUUUGGGUGUUGAGCUCUCUUAUCCGGUCUUUAUCCAGUUUUCGAUCCGGUCCGAAUGGUUUUUUUACCUCAAAUUCAAGCCCAAAGAUUGGAUUGGAUUGUUUACUAUCCGAUCCCGCUCCGGGUUAUACGGUCCGGUUUCGGGUAAAACCAAAAACUCGGACCAAAUAGCCAGCCCUAACUACUAAUAUGCCGAAAGAGGUAAAGAGAGCUGGAAGCAAACAUGUCUCGUUUGCUAUACUAGCUAUGAACUUAGAGGAGGGAUGGACCAUUGCCCAGGGAGGCCUCCCACUAAAUCCUCCACUAGCGGCGGCCGACGAGAAGUAGACAACAACAGUGGUGAAGAUCGCUCGAGCUAUCGAGAAGGAGCAAUUGUCUGAGUUGGUGUUGAAACUACACCGAAUAUUGUGUGCGGUCGACGAAGAACAUUAAUAUAAUUUAAUCUUGAGUGAGACAUCUUAGACUCUUGAACGAACUAUCCAAUUCGUCUUAACAUUUCUUUUUUCCUUCUUAUUAACAUAUCAAUCCACUAUUUUAUAUUUUGUCAUUUUGAUACCCAAACUUCUUAAACGUAAUAAAAAUAAAUCCCUUAGGUCUGACAAAUUCCCUAAAUACCCUCGAAACACAAAAUCAAAUUUUAAAUGGAAUCUCUUUGAUCCCCAGAGAGUCACCAACUCAAGAUCCUUCAAACCAAACCCAUGAACCACAAAGGCUCAAACCCUCAAACCCACCUACCCAGCCUAUUUGCCACCUCUUUCCCCAUUAGAUCCCAACAGUAUAUUCAAUUACUAUGACUCUAUGAGGUGAGGAACUCCUUCCACAUGAAUUAAGAAUAAUAAAGAGGAAGAAAAAUAUCUUUAAACCCAGGAAAGGAAAUGUCAUGUUUUGCACUUCCUCAUCAGCUGGAGAAAAUUUGGAACAUAGCAAAUAAGUCAAAAGCAAGGAAAGAAGAAGAAAACAGAGCAUUGCAGGGGCAGUAGUGGGAUUUGAUUUUGUAGCAGGGGAGUCUUUUUCAAAGUUGCCAGGUUGGAAGUUGGAACCUUGGAAUUAAUAUACGGUUCGAUUCAUCUCGUCUCUGUAUCUCACUGUGCAUGUCUGUGUAUAUAUACUUGCACAAACACAAGGGUGGAAGAUACAAACGAUGGUGAACAUGGGCGAGUGUUUAAAACCUCUAAAAAGGGAUAUCUAAGUAGAAGAAGCCGAAGGCCCUACUAAUCUCUCUUCUCUUCCCCCACACAAUAAUAAAAAUAUCUCAGUUAGCAAGCUGCUAGCUUUACCCUUUUUCCCCUUUUCCGGUGGGUGGUUAUGGCUUCUUCUUCCAGUUCCAUGGAAGGAGGAGUGGAGAAUGACUAUACUCAAGAUGGGACAGUGGAUCUCAGAGGCAACCCAGUUCGCCGUUCUAAACGUGGUGGCUGGAAAGCUUGUUCCUUCGUUGUGGUUUAUGAGGUGUUUGAGAGGAUGGCGUACUACGGGAUAUCGACAAACUUGGUGAUUUAUUUGACGAAAAAGCUGCACCAAGGCACAGUCAAAUCCUCCAACAACGUCACCAAUUGGGUCGGCACAAUUUGGAUGACGCCAAUCCUCGGCGCCUACAUCGCCGACGCUCACCUCGGCCGCUACUGGACCUUCGUCGCCGCCUCCGCCGUCUACCUCUCCGGGAUGUCGCUGCUGACGCUCGCAGUCUCGCUGCCGUCGCUCCGGCCGCCGCACUGCACCGACCCGGACCCGAACAACUGCCCCAAGGCCUCAACCCUCCAGCUGGGCAUUUUCUUCGGGGCCCUCUACACCCUGGCCGUGGGCACGGGCGGGACCAAGCCCAACAUCUCCACCAUCGGGGCCGACCAGUUCGACGACUUCGAGCCCAGGGAAAAAGCCCACAAGCUCUCCUUCUUCAACUGGUGGAUGUUCAGCAUCUUCUUCGGCACCCUCUUCGCCAACACCAUCCUCGUCUACAUCCAGGACAACGUCGGCUGGAGCAUCGGCUACGGCCUCCCCACCGCAGGCCUCCUCGUCUCCAUCGUCAUCUUCCUCGCCGGGACGCCCUUUUACCGUCACAGGGUCCCCGGCGGGAGCCCUUUUACUCGGAUGGCUAGGGUGAUCGUGGCAGCGGGGAGGAAGUGGAAGGUGGAUGUUCCUGGUGAUCCGAAGCAGUUGUACGAGCUGGAUCUGGCUGAGUAUGCCAAAGGUGGCAAGUUCAGAAUCGACUCUACGCCUACUCUGAGGUUUCUGAACAAAGCUGCGGUUCAGACGGGGUCAGAUGACGACGGUCCGUGGAUGCUGUGUCCGGUGACUCAGGUCGAAGAGACGAAACAGAUGCUGAGGAUGAUACCGAUCCUGGUGGCGACCUUCAUACCUAGCACGAUGAUCGCGCAGAUCAAUACCUUGUUCGUCAAGCAAGGGACCACCCUGCACCGCCAGAUCGGCAGCUUCCACAUUCCUCCAGCGAGUCUCACCGGGUUCGUCACCUUGUCGAUGCUUAUUUCUGUUGUAUUGUACGACAGGUUCCUGGUCCCGCUGGUGAGGAAGUGGACCAAGAACCCGCGAGGGAUCACGCUGCUCCAGAGGAUGGGGAUCGGGAUCGUCUUCCACAUCGUCAUAAUGCUGGUGGCGUCGUUGACGGAGAGGCACAGGCUGAGCGAGGCGAGGAAGCAUGGUGUGGUGGAGAAUGGAGGCCAGAUCCCUCUCUCCAUCUUCGUGCUGCUUCCUCAGUUUGUGCUCAUGGGAACCGCGGAUGCCUUCUUGGAGGUGGCCAAGAUUGAGUUCUUCUAUGACCAGGCUCCGGAGGGCAUGAAGAGUUUGGGGACUUCGUACUCCACUACUAGCCUUGGGAUAGGCAAUUUCAUCAGUAGCUUCCUUCUGUCGACCAUUUCUGAUGUCACAAAGAGGCAUGGGCACAAGGGUUGGAUCCUGAACAAUUUGAAUGCCUCUCAUCUCGACUACUACUACGCCUUCUUCUCCGUGCUCAACUUCCUGAACCUGGGCUUCUUCUUGGUCGUGAUCAGGUUCUAUGUCUACAAAGCUGAAGUCUCGGAUUCGAUGCAUGUUCUAGCGGAAGAACUGAAAGAAAAUGCUCGUUUGAGGGAACAAUCAUCCAAUGAAUAACUUAUAAUCUGUUUGCACAGACAGUGAAAUGACAGUGAGAAACAUUAUUCAGCUCCAAGCUACCAUGAUCGAUAUUGCAAAUGAAGGUUCUUCCUGCAACGGUCACAUUUGUUCAUGCUUUAUAUAACAUGCACUAGGGUUUCGAGAAACAUCUUUUUAUAAGCAAACAAACACAUAAUGAAUGAUGAGAAAAUUUCAAAACCCUUUUUAAGGGGAGAAGUUGAAUUGAUCACGACUACGUGCACACACAGAAACCUCUUCCAAGGAGGUGCCUAACACCAGUACCCUAGUACUAAAAAGUUAAAAAACACCAAAAAAUUGUCAGUUGUUUUUAAGCUCUUUAGCACAAUGAGCCGUCUUUUACACUAUUUCUCUUCUUAUGUGUAUGUACUAUGAAAUCAAGGUCAGCUAGAUAUUAAAAUUUAUAUAGUAGU